GAUUCUCAGUUGCAAAAGCUAAUUUGAUGUGAACGGUUUCAUUUGUCCAGUGAUUUCGGUUCUAUAAGUUCUUUUUGGUGUGAAUUCUUGUGCGUUUAUUCGGAGUGUUUGUUUGUGUUUACAUUCGUCCAAUUGUAUUGUAACAAAUAACGACCACAUCGCGUCAUAUUGAAAUUGUGACAUUUCAGUGGAAAUUAUUCAACGAAUAAAUGGAAAAAAGAAUGUGAAUACGUCACUCACAAAAAAUAAAGAAACAACAAAACAAAAAACAGAAAAGAAAUAUUCGAACAAAACAACCAAAAACGACACCGAAUGACUACCACACAGCCAAUAACACAAUAAUAAUAUUAAAUAAUAAAUACAUAAAUAACGAUAGCAACAAGAACCUCGACAUAAACAAUAAUAACAAUAACAGCGCCAAAUGGUUAAGGGCAAUUUUAUGCUAAAGCAGCGAACAUGACACCAGAUAUUACAAACAAAACGCUAUCGGCGGCUGCAUCUACAAGUGCAGUUGCGGUCGCAAAUACCGGAAGAACAAUGAAAACAAAACUAUCCGACAUUAACGUUCUGUCAGCAAGCACAUCAUCGUUGCCGCCACCUCCGCCGACCAGCAUAAAGCGACAUCUUUUGACAAUCGAAAAGCUGCGUAAUCGUGUGCGUCAAAUAUUACAAUGUGUAAUUAAUUUGCACAUUGAUAUAUUGGUAAUCGAAUCGAAUGUCAAUCAACUAAUAGAUGAUGUGAAAGAACUGAAUGCAGAUCUGUUGGAGGUACAACGUUUAGAUAAUCUAAUACAAACACUGAGAGAUUACAAUGGUCCCACCAUUUUCCACGAAUGGCCGUUCCCUUUGGUCUGUCAAGGAACCAUAGACGAAGCUGAUUUAGCACAAACUUUAAAUUCUUAGGAAGUUUUGUUUGUUUUUGUUUAACAGCAAAAAUAUCGUAGUAUUUUAUAAUUGAAUAUCAUUAUAUACAUAACAAAAUAAUACCCCCAACACAUAGUGUUGUAGGGUAUAAAUAUAAAAUAGACUGUUAAUUUUAAUAUAAAUCAAAGUAAAUGAAUGAAUACAUAACAAAGUGAAUAAAGCAAAUGUCGUUACUAAAACAUAUAA